AUGUCAAGGGCUGUAACAUUCGAUGAUGAUGAUGAAGAGGCAAACAGAAAAGCACCGCUGAUAUUGACCAGGAAAACUAGCAACGGAUCAGUGAAGCGUGGUAUCCCACCAAGUCUGAAGCCAGCGGUGGAAGCAAGGUUACGGAGUCCUGAAGAGGAGUGGAUCAAGAACUCAUUCCUCCAUAUAAGUCCACGUGAUGUAUUGACUCUGAACCGCUCUGACAAUAAUGCUGACUACGUAGACAUAGUUGCUGUGCGCAAUGUCUCGCAAUCUCCGGUAAUGUUCAAGAUCAAGACAACAUCACCGGAGAAAUUCCGAGUUCGUCCUAGUACUGGGACCAUUGCAGCUGGAUCGACGGAUAUCAUCCGCGUCUACCUACAAAACGAGUACAAGAACUCCUGCUCGAAAGAGAAAUUCCUGCUUAUGGCGCUUGAAACAGAACACUGCAAUGUGGAAAUGUUUGGUGAACUCUGGAAGGCAGCGGACCAUGAGCGAAAGGUGGAGCAAAAGUUGAAGUGCAGAGUAAAUGAUGACGCUUCCAGUGAAGGAUCUAACACCGAAAGAGCAGCAAGGAAAACCAGCGUCAGUUCACAGCAAGAACAAAUCGAUCGGCUACGAACGCACUGUGAAUGGCUACAACGCUGUCAACGAAUGAUGAUGUUUGCCAUACUGGCACUGUUCUUUGCUUUAGUAGUCGUAUUACUGCACGAAAAAUCGAACCACAGUGCCCUGCAAACUGCAGUCGAUAUGUUGGCAAAGAAAAUUGACGUCACUGAAUGCAAGACAACUGUCAGCUCCAAGCCAGAGAUGCCACCAGUCACCUAUGAAGAAGACCUGUAA